AUGGUAAGUUUUUGCAAUUUCAAACACUCUUCUAAUGAAUUUAGAAUAUUCAUGUUCACACAAAACUUAAUUCAUUCAAAAAUGCAUAAUUACCGCGUCCGCUAAACAACAGGUAACCGGAGUGUUGUUUGAAUCGGAGGGCGGGAAAACAAUUUCGAAUGCGCAAUUUUUUGUUGUUUUCGCCACAUGUUGCACUUAUUGCGUUGUGACACUUUGGGUCUAUAAUUCCGCGUUUUCUGUCGUGUCUGCCAUAAAUCAUUCAUUUUCUGCUAGUUAUUUGUUGCAUAAUAAUAUCUCUAAUUUUGUAAUUUUUACAGAAAAAUCUUUUUUUUCAGAUGUUAGCUGUCAAAGAAGCCGACGAAAAUUUUCACUCGGAAAUUGCGGUGACUGAUAAUGAAAAACAUUCAACCAAAAAAGUCAGACGACCUUUGAAAGAUGCUGCUAGCAAUUCAUCUCCUGAACCUUCUGGAGCUUAUGUUGAUGCAAUCGCAAUGUUACGUGAAAUGGAUAUCACAGAUGAUGAUAAAAAUUGGCCAAGUAAAAUAAGUUCACAUGUUUCAAGACACAAUUUGACUUUGAAACGAGAAGGAAAAACUGGAGGAGAUGUUUAUUAUAACGACAAUGUUAAUGAGUGUAUCUUUUGUCAAACAUCCGACGAUCGUCCUUUGAUUUCAUGUCGUGGAAGUAUGAAUGGAUUCACCAAACACAAGUUAAAAGAGAAAUGCAAAUCGCUAUUUCAUUUUGACUUGCAUCACAAAAUAUAAUGCUUCGGAUUAUAGUCUUCGUUAUAUUUCUCAACCCGAAUGCCAAAACGAGAUUCUAUGCCCUCUUCAUUUUUGUGACACUUGCUUUUUCGAACGACGAAAACAAACUGCAUUUUCUGGAAAAUUAAUCGAAUGUGCCUAUUGUCUUCGCGCUUUUCAUUAUGAAAAAUGCUCUCCGAUUGGCUCGAAAGAUCUGGAAUUAACGUUGCAUAUGAAUGAGGUAAACUUGAAUAUGAUAGGGACUUUUGAUUCAAAAUUAUAGUUUUUUUCCAGAAUCACAAGUUUGAAAUGGUUAUUUGUUCUGCUCAUCGACCAGUCAAAGAAGUUAAGCAAAAUUCGCAUUUAAAAAUUUGCUGUGAAUGCGAAAAUGUCAAGGAAGUGAAAGAUCUCAAAAAGUGUCGUAUUUGUAUUCGAUCUUUCCAUCAGGAAUGUCGUGCUGCUAAAGAAAUCGAUGGAAAUCCAAUUGAUCAAGAUUUAUGCGAAUCUUGUUUGACAGGCGAAUGUAUUCGUAUUGAAGCAAAUGUGAUUGCUCGCUGGAAUGAUAAUAAAUUCUACCCAGGAAUUACUAGAGAAUGGGGCCGUUGUCCAAUGAAAUUACGAAAAUCGAAUAAUUAUGAUGAACUUGGAUAUUGUUUGAUUGAAUGGCAAGGAGAAUCUUCGCAAUUUUCAAUAGUCUCAAUUGCUGAUUGUGUUCCAAUGUUUGAAAGUUCUUUGAAAUUAUUAGGCAAAAAAGCGAAACCAGCAGCUAGAAUUGCAUGGAGGAAGAUGAUUCUUGACUCAGGUUCUGGGCCCAAUCUCGAACUUGAACCACUUUAUAGAGAAGUUCGGCGGAAAAUUGAUGUAAGUUGUUUUCUUGUUUUAUAUAUAGAUAAUAAACUGUAUUCUAGACUUCGAAAUAUUUCGAUAAAGACGGGGAAAAGUUAUUUGCAAUUGCUGAAGAUGAAAAAUAUGUUUGUGAUUGUAAAACAUCUAACGAAACUCAUUGUGAAAUUGGAAAAUGUAGCAAUCGACGAGAAUAUUACGAAUGUCCGCCAGAUUGUUCAAAAGAUGGUAGAAGAUGUCUUAAUCGUGGAAUAUCUCAAAAAGAAAUCCAUCCCAAAUAUUCAAAGACGAACGACCGUGAACAAAGGAUUUGGUGUAUUUGCAACUGGACCCAUUUUAGAAGGAGAAUUCAUCGCUGAAUAUGCUGGUGAAAUUUUAUCGAAAAAGGAGGUUGAUAGACGCAACAAUUUUCUGCAUUAUGCACGAGACACGGAAGCCAAUUUAUAUAUGAUGCAAUUAGUAAAUGGGAGAGCAGUUGAUGCUGCUCGAGCAGGAAAUAUUGCCAGAUAUAUAAAUCAUUCUUGCGAUCCAAAUUGUCAAACUGUAAAACGAACAAUAUUUUUGAAAGAACGACGAUCGGAUGUUAUUUAUGAUAAUCGAAUUGCAGUUGUUGCUAUCAAAAAUAUUGAAGCUGGACAGGAAAUUACUUUCAAAUAUCAGAUGGAUGAUUGGUUGAAUAGUGAAGCACCUGAUUGUAAAUGUGGAGCUGAAAAUUGCGAAGGAACGCUUGGAAAAGGUAGAAUUGUUGAAGAAAGUCAAGAAGAUGAUGAGGAUGAGCGAAUUGAUCUUGAAAAUCUGCGACUGGAAGAGGAGAAACGGAAAAGAAAAGCUGUAAAGGGAACAGAAGUUGCGGCCAAGGUAAUUUUUGUUGUUAUUGUGGAUUAUAUUUUAAAUAUUUCCAAAUUUUUUCAGCGUCCUUGCCCAGCGAAAACAAAAACACCAGAAUUUGUCAGUGUUCCUGAAGCCCUUGAAGAAUAUCUCAAAAAGUUUGAGAAAAAUUCAGCGGAAAGAAAACAUUUGGAGAUGCUUCAAAAGAAGGCAAACAAUCUCGAAUUCCAAAAACAAUUAUUGAACAGUGCAUUUGAUAUGGAGUUAGAGAAAUGUAGGUUAUUUUGUCUAGAAAAAGGGAAGCUUUUGGAGAUAGAAUGGUUGAUUUUCAGUAGAUAAAAAUAAAAGAAGCAAAGUGGUUCUUGUCGAAAAAAAUCAAGGGAUUGUGGAUGAAGCUGAAGAGAAAUCCAAGAAAAAUGAAAAAGAAAUGAAGAAAGAAAGAAAUGAAGAAAACAAUGAAAAAGGAAAAAAAGAAAUGGAGCCAGAAGGAACGAAGAAGAAUCCAGUGAGAAGAAGAAGUGAACGAACGUUGUUGUCACCAUCGCCAAUAUAUUUCAAUAAUACAAAAUCGAAAUCUUUGAGGACAAAAAGUAACAACAGCAGUUCGUCGACCUCUUUGAAAUCUGGAAAUUUCCUCCACCACUCAAAACUAAACCAAAAACAAGUUUCACUUUUCCCAUUUUUCGCAAAAAUCAUUUUAUCUGGAUCUCAGCAUUUGUUUAAUGUAUAAUAUAUUUUUUUAGUUCUUUCCUUUUUUUCUAAUUUAUUUUUUCUUGCAAUUCCAAAUUUUUCAUGAAUCGACAUAUUUUUAUUCUUGUUUUACUAGAACAGAACGAAAAAACUUAUCUGUUGUUUAUCUGUAAAUGAAGUUUACGUUUUAAAAUGUAUUUAGUACUGGUAAUGUGUGGGCUGAAACUCAUUUCAUAUCUAUGAAUUUCUGAAAUAUCAACUGGAGUUUACAGAUUUUCCCUUUCAUGAAUGAGUUUGAACAAUCUCGAACAUCAAAUCGUCAUGAAAGGACAUCAAAAAAGAUUGCUAGGCUGUGAGUUUUAUUACUGUUUUCCGAAAAAUUUAACUAUAAUGUUUGAAAUUUUGAAAUCUUACCUAUUUUUUCUUUUUUUUAUAUCAAAUAAAUCUUGCGCAACUAUAAAAAACCAACAGACAGCACAAUUGUGUUUUUAUCAAAAUAUUUGGUGUUUUUACCGCUAUCAGAUUAUAUAUUUUUAAUUUUAAAAUCAAAUAUCAACACACAGUGUUUCUUCAAUUUUAAAAAGGCAUAAAUAUUAGUACUUUUUUGCCGCGCCAAAAAAUCACAAUUUUUAAAGAUGCCUCAAAAAAUUGUCGAUUCUUCCAAAAAAGUUUGCGAGAAAGAGGAAAAACGAGAUGAGGUAA